AUGGCUAUGUCGGACAUCAUUCUGCCACCCAGGAAGAUUCUCCUGGUAGUUACUGGAGGAGGCUACACCCAUGCCGCUCCGGUUCUUGAACUGGGGAAGGUCCUGGCCAACCGAGGGCACGUAGUCGACUUCGCAACGCUCGAUGGCCAAGAGGAAUGGGCCAGCGGCUUCCAAAUCUCGUCGACGCAUCUCAUGGGGCCUGGGCCGACAGAGGAACAGCUUGAUGCGCACUACAUGCGCAGCCGGCUCUGGGAUCCGGCCAGAGGUUUAGGCGAUGUCAUGGAGUCCAAGUACCUCUUCGACUCUCUGUGGACACAAUCCUAUUAUGGACUGAAAACUAUCAUGGAUGAUCCUGCUACACGGCCGGAUAUGCUGGUUGCUGACUUCUUCGUCGACGCAGUCAAGGACAUCCAACUGGAAUACAAGGUGCCCAUUGCUAUUGUCUGGCCACAGAUGCCCUACUUGAUGGUUCCCUGCUCGUAUAUCCCCGGUCAGCCGGGCUUCCAACUCGAUAUGACCUUAACCUCGGAGAAUGCGUCAAUGUGGUCGCGCAUCAACAAUGAACUUGUAGUCGUGCGGGCCUUGCCUGAGGUGUUUAAACUGAGGAACUGGACCAGAGCCAUGCGCAAGCGAGCGGGUCUGAAUUACCUUCUUCCAACGCCAAAGAAACCUGAUUAUCUACUUCUAGUCAACUCUUUCUUCGGUCUCGAAGUGCCCAAAGACCUUCCUCCCUUGGUCGCAGCAGUCGGACCAAUAUUAGCAGAUGAGUAUCCUCUAUUGGACGCGCCCCACCAGGAGUUCCUUGACCGCCACCCAAAGACCAUAUAUAUUGCCUUGGGGACGCAUAUCAUCCUCCCCCACGCAGAUGCUCGGAAGAUUCUUCAAGGACUUAUCCAAGCCAUGGAAGAAGGUGUUAUUGACGGCGUAAUUUGGUCAGUGGGUAGGAGCGGACGGCAGCUCUUCGGAGACCUUCUCGAAGGGUUACACGCCGACUGGAAGUUCCCUUUCUUUGCACCACAACGGUCGAUCCUGGAUCAUCCCCAUACCCGCAUCUAUUUCACCCACGGAGGUGGGUCCAGCGCCAACGAAGGCCUCUACCAUGGCAAACCGAUGCUAGUAAUGUCAUUCUUCUUCGACCAGAUCGGUAAUGCGGCAAAACUGGCCGGAAACGGAACGUCGGAGCUGCUACACAAGUUCCGUUUCACGGCCGAUGAACUCUACUUCAAGACAAAGUUGAUCAUGGAAGAUCGUGACGGGUGCUAUGCGCGCAAUGUGCAGCGUCUCCAGCGUAUUGCCCAUGUGGCGUCUCGACGCAAAUAUUUGGGCGCUGAUCUGAUCGAGGAAGUUCUAUACGAUAAUGAGUCGAGGGUCGUUGAUGGGAAGGAGACUCGUCCAAUGCAUCUGCAGACGGCGGAUAUGCGGAUGCCAGCUUAUAAGGCGAAGAACUGGGACUUGAUGGCCGUCUCGGGGGUAGUGAUGGGGUUGCUUGGUGGGGGCUUGUACUAUGCUGGACGGCUCGCUUGGAUCAAUCGCCGGGCUAUUGAUGGAUUUGUUGACGGUUUGGUUUGCAAAAUUUAUAAUUAG